AUGACAACAGAUGAAGUGACGCUGGUAAGACCAAAUGCUCUUCUGCUAAAUCUGUUACAAUCUGGUGGUGCCAAGAAGGAAACCUUUACAAUGAAAGAGGUGCUUCACCAUCUUGGUCAGUACAUUAUGGCCAAGCAGUUGUAUGACAAGAAGCAGCAGCACAUUGUCCACUGCUCUAAUGAUCCUCUCGGAGAACUAUUUGGGGUACAGAGCUUCUCUGUGAAAGAACCCAGGAGACUGUAUGCAAUGAUUUCCAAGAAUCUGGUAACUACUGAUUCAGAAGAAGAAAGUUCUUCAAAUGGUCAACCAUCAGAACCUCAGAGAGAGGGCCAGAAGUCAGACGGUGUCUCUUUAACCCUAGAUGAGAGCCUUUCAUGGUCGGUGAUAAGUGACUCUACAGACACCUCUUCUAAUGCAGUAAGUAAGGCUCCUAGAUGA